CUUCUGCGGAGAAACGUUUGACUGUGCCACGGUUGAAUUUUAAUACCGAAAGUGUCCCAGGGUACGUCGGUCGGUACGCCGCUGAAAUGGCUGCUGCGGCGACGGAAGAAACACCCGCGCCGACUGUUGAGGAUGAUGUACCGCCCGCGCAGACCAAUAAGGACAACGGCGAGGAGAAAGAAAAGGGCCUCCCCGAACCGGAAACAGAGGAGCCACCAGGCAGUAGUGUAGAACCGAAAAUGGAAGAGGUAGACGCGGAGGCCGGUGAGGAGGAGAAGCCCGCAGUAGCAGCAGUAACAGCAGAAAAGGCCGCGAGCGAGGCGGUUGUGACAGACAACGGUUCCGAGACGGUGGAGCCGGAGACGACAGCCGCCACGGAAGAAAGGGAACAAGAACCGGUACAAAGGCCAGGGCCGGAGGAGAGCUCCGGAGGGGACAGCAACAACGACUCUGGUGCUAAUAUCACUAUACAAAAACCGAAGGAGGAACCGGGAGAAGACAGCCGGUGCUCAGGGAUAGAGUGCGAGAAGAGCAAAACUGGUUGUGAAGAUGUCAAGAAACCCACCGGUGGAGGGGACGGGGAGCUGGGCGACAAGAGACGACCGAGUGUGGAGAUAUCAUCCUCGGAUGGGGAACCGCUGAGCCGUAUGGACUCUGAGGACAGGUUCGUUUGGGAAAUGACAAGUUCUAAUGGGGGAUGCUUGAGUGGUAACAGGUUACCGAUGGUAGUUCUCACACUGUCUUAUCUCUAAAGGGACACAAAAUGACAAAUCAAUUGAUUUCUUUCGCUGUUAACAGGUGAAACUAUCAGAGCAUGAUCUUGUUAAUGUGAUCAACACAAAAAUAAGACAUAAAAUCAGCUCUCCAACAUUGUCCAGAUAUUGUGCCCAGGUUUUAAAGUUGCUCCAGGACAGGUCAGUUUAAUUCUGUACAGUAAAUAGAAUAGAUACCUUUUUGUUGAAUUGAGUAAACCAACAUACAAGUGAAGUAAAAACAGUAAAACGAUGAAACAAAGAAGGACUAAAGAAAUGUAAAGUGACACUUAUUGGAAUGUAAUUUUGUUGAUCCCAUUAAUGUAACUGCAGCCAAAUCAUUCAGUUUGAUGAGUGAAAUGUUUCUUGAUUACCUAGCAUAAGGCCUUUAUUCAUGUUGACAGCACAACAAAUUAAAAGUAUAGUGCUCAGAGCAUUUAGCACAAAGAUAGAAUUGGUUUGGCAUGAGGGAUUGAAGUGGUAUGCAUGAAAAAUCAGUUGCAGCCUGAAGGCUUUCACGCAUAGUGCCCACUUAAUGUGUCUGCACCUGUUCUUCACGGCUGUGUAAAGCUAUGAAGAUAUACUUGAUGGCUCUAGCACUUAAGUUAUUGACAGGAUAACCGUAUUCUUUAUCCCACUCCUCUCCUUCUCUGUUCUUUCAGUAUCAGCAGCACCCUGAUGGAGAUGGAAAGCACGGUAUCCAGUGGGCGCUCCACCCCUGCAAUGAUGAAUGGACAGAGCAGUGCCAGCUCUUCCGGACCUAAAACAGUGGCUUACCCCUGCUGCUGGGACCUCUGUCCACAGUGCUUCAACUCCAGUCCAGAUCUGGCAGAGCACAUCAGAGGCAUUCAUGUUGAUGGACAGAGAGGAGGGGUUGGUAGUCUUUUAAAGAUUACAUGUGCUUUGUUCUCACUUACCUUCAUAAGGUCUCUUUAAAUCAGAUAUAAUCAUAUCUGACAGGCAGACAAGCAAAAUGAAGUUAUUUUUUGUUUGAAAGACUGCACACACAAAAGGCAGAGUUAAGUGGUUUAAUAUGAUUUGAUUUAACCCGAUUACAAAGUAAUCAGGGAGCGAUCUAAUCUCUCGUUUUACUCUGUGUUUAAACUAAUCUCUGAAAAAGAAAUAUGUGGAUUCUGUGGUGACGGUGACACUCCUGUGGACUGAGUCGUUGCUGGUAAAACUAAACAACUUUGAUUUGUCAAUGCUUUAAAAAUUCAAAAGGAUUUCAGUUCGCCCUCAAAUGAUCAGACUGAAGGUAGAAAUAUGUUAAAACUCAGAAGUAAACAUAGACUCAUCAGUCAUCUGAUUGAUGGCAUGAAUGAAUCAAUCGGCCAAUACCUGUGCUAACAAGGCCUUUUAAGGAAAUAAUCAAUGCCUGCAGACAUUACAGGCAGCCAUGUUCAUGCAGCUGCUGUCGAGUAGGGCUGGGUGAAAAAGUUAGUGAACUCUCAUGCACCCUUUUGUAAAUGUUUUCCAAAUUACCUUUCUCCAUUGUCCUAUAAAAUAGGAUAACACAUUUCCCCAUCCUGUAAGACAGCCUGUCAAAGUUGCUAUAAUGCAGCAUCUGACGUAAAUGUUUGUUUCGCUCUUAGAUCUAUGGCAAAAUCCAAUCAAUUUUUCUAUUUCUCAGAUUAAAAAUCUAAGAUAACCGUGCAUGUUAUAUGGUGAUCAAGGAGUAACAGAUUUAUACAAGUUAUUUUAACCACAGUACUUAAUCUUUUUUUUUACUUAUUAAUAAAUACUGAUGACCAGACAGAAAUCCAAAAAUCAGUUCGGUGGCAAUAUUUUAGCUGCGCAAACACCAGAGAAAGCGAAUAAUAAUUGAUGCAGUUUUGUUUUUUGCAUUUUAUGAAACACAGAAACAAUGGCACUGUGUUUUUGACAUGAUAUAUUGUCCACUGGCCGGAUCUGCAUUGACUGUCCACAAACAAAUGUAGGUCUGCUACUACUCAGAGCCCAUACAAAGACAGCUUUCUCUGUUCUCUACUAGGAGUUCGCCAAGUGCCAAAUUUUUUUCAAACAUUUUUGGAUGCUAUAUUCAGUUGAAAUCGUUAUAUCACUUUACUCUUCAUGUACACAUGACUUUCAAAAAAACACCCCUAGUACAGGUGUUAAGCUUCUUUAAUAGUAAAAAUCUUUGAAGUUUUUCUGAGCUAAUAUAUACUGUAUAUGUGCCAUGUGAAGUUUCUAUGUCCUGCUUGUGCAUCAGAAUAAAGUCUUGUCAAAUUAUUCCUUUAUGAUAAGUAUACAGUAUAUCAACAUUUAGCUUUUUUGGAAAUAAAGAUUCCAUGAACACAUUUGCAUUUUCCUCUGUAGGCUGGCUUUGAGAAACUUUCCAGAGGUGCAGUUAGGAUAAGUCAAUGCAACCUGCAUAAUUACACAGAUCUCUGUUUUGCUCUUGGAUAGUUUCUAUCUGAGUUGUCCUGCCAACCAGCUUAUCUUUACCUUAAUUUUUGAUUGUGCUGUCCUUUUUUUUUCAGUCAUUUUCCUCCGCAUGGUAGUUUUUGUCAUCUGUUUACUAUGCUCCUUUUCCUCACUUUAUCUUUGUUUAUUUCCCGUAGGUUUUUGUGUGUCUAUGGAAGGGUUGUAAAGUAUACAACACACCAUCCACCAGUCAGAGUUGGCUUCAGAGACACAUGCUGACCCACAGUGGAGAUAAACCCUUCAAGGUAACAAGAACCCUAAAAACUGUUGUUAAUCAAUGAACUUUUACCUCUUUGCCUUAGUCUUCAAAAGAUUUCUUAGUAUCUUUUGGUUAGAAUAUUUUCUGUGUUUUCUGCUUCCGCUGCAGUGUGUGGUUGGAGGCUGCAAUGCUAGCUUUGCUUCCCAAGGAGGGUUAGCUCGCCAUGUCCCCAGCCACUUCAGCCAGCAGAGCUCCUCCAAAAUGUCGAGCCAGGCCAAACUAAAGGAGGAGUCUCCCUCUAAGGCUGGACUCAACAAGAGGAAGAAGCUCAGGAACAAACGCAGGUGCUCCCUACGUACGUACCUCACAGACACACAAACUAAAAUCUGCUUUGAAUGUUUCUCUUCGUGGUAUCUGUCUUUUUCCCUUUUGGUGUGGAUCAUGAUCAUGAGCAGAGCACAUUAGAGAAGUGCCGCUCAGUUUGAUGAACUGGAACAGGUUCUUUGCAGCUUCUGUAAACCGUUUGUCAGAGAGGCUGCAACUGGACCACACAUGCAAAUACAACAGACUUAAACAGGUGCUCAGGCUUUUGGGUUUGGAUGAAUUUCUCAAUGGCAGUGUUCAUCGUUGCACUGAAGAACUUUUUGUCUCAGUCCUCUUAGUCUUUUUGAGUUGAUCUCAGAUGGUGCGUCUGGUUCUUAACAACCUACUGGUACUUUAUGCCUCAGAUUGUGUUCUGGUUCAUUAUUUGAAACUCACUUUUUUCACAUUUGCUGCUUUUUACUUUUGAAUUUUACAGAAUGUUGUGUAUAUUAAUAUUAAACAUUGAUAAUAUAAGGCUUAUGUAUAAAUGGAGAUUAAAACCUAAAUUACACACUCAGGGUGUUGCUGUUUGCCACUGCUGUCUUAAACCCAUAAACUUUUUUAUUUCAUAUUUACAGUUAAAAGUUUGAAGAUUCAGACGGUCAUUAAGAGACGUCAGUUAUAGUUAGUGUAUGCCUGAUGUUGACAUCAACUGCUUUCCCAACUUUUUGAAUCCAUCACUUCCUUGAAAGCAGUUUGUUUACAUCAUUAUUAGUUACAGUUACUUUAUGAAGGUUAUUACACUAUGCAUGCAGUGACUGCCAAAUGUCCCUGGGGUAAUAUUCCAUUAUAGAAACUUAAUUUGUUUCUGAGAUCUGUCACUGGAUCACAGGUACUUAAUAAAACUCCAAAAAAGAGACAAAUUAUGAGGACAUGCUCAUAUUAUUACAGGUAUGUUUUUGGCCUGAAGAAAGAGGUUUGACCAAAAACUCUGUUCUCUUAUAAAUACAAUCAUGCAAACAAACAUUAAAAAAGUGCCAAGUUUAUAAAAGAAUACACACAUGCAUGUCUCAUUGAUGGAUACUAUCGUUUCAACAGUGUAACUGCUGUUUCUGUUUAGCCACACGUGACUCCACUCCACAGGUGCAAUAAGCUGUUCAGCAGGGGUGAUGACAGUGUUAAUGUCUUUCUUUAAAUAUGCAUCAUUACAAAGCCAUCAGCCAUUGCCAUUUAAACACAUUUUAAUCAAAUGUUCCAUUUUCAUUUUUUUUGAAGCAGCAAAUCUUCUCUCAUGACAGAUAUUGGACUAGAGUUUGAGACUUUUGGUUCAGUGUCAUUCCCUCCCAUCAUCAAUAACCUUCUACAUCUGGUGCACAUGCAGCCACACCCCACAAAUACCACAGCAGGCUCAUCACCUUCUGCAGUACAGUAGUUCCUUCACACAGACCAAACCUUGGCGGGCUGAUCGUCUAUUUACCAACCACCUCAUUCUGCAGAUGUCAUCUGUAAAGAUCACUGUCUAUGACCAUCAGGCUGAUGUUUUCCCUUUAUCGUUAAAAGUGCAUAACACAAAGAACGGAGAGAAGCGUCUUCAGUGUGUCCCUGCUGAAGUUAAUGAUUAAGGUCGAAAUCUCAUGUGAAAUACAAAAUGACUGUUGUAAUAGAAUGAUGCAGCUGGUUGCUGCUGUAUUGGAUUGUUGUUUGGAAGCCUGGUUCCCACACAGUCCACCAGUUGUGAUAUUGGAACAUCAAAUGAAACAUCUCAAAAUGCAAGUUGUGAUUGUUGGCUGUGAUUCAUCGUGCUGCUGACAGCAUGAUCUGCUUUUCAUUAUAGCAUGUUUUGUUUUCUGUUGAUGCUUUUAUUAUGGCUGUCGACAAACAUCUUCCUUUUGAGCCCUCAAAGAUUAAAGUUAAGGUAGUGUAACAGCUCACACAUUACUGCUGUGCUGUUACUUCUAAAAGUCUGACAGUAAUACACACAGGGAGAGGAGACUGAAAUUUAAAAAUCUUAUCAUAAAUGAAGCAAUCAUAAAAAGAUUGAAAAAUGAGAUGAUCAUAUUUCUGCUGUCUGUUUUUAAGCCUAAGAAGGGAGUGAGUUUCUACAAACCCACAUUACUGCACAUGUGCAGGCACUUACUCAGACCUACUGAACCUUAAGAAUCUCAUUACUUGAUGCUUUCAAUUAGGAGUAGUUACUUCUUUCAUUUGUAUUUAUUUAAGGGUUUUCUUGUUGCUGCAAGGCAACUCUAACAAACCUCAAACUAAAGGCGGUAAUCAAUCAUGAGAUGACUGUGACAUGGUGAAGGUCUCUAACAACAGUUCUUUUAAAGGUUGUGGUAUUUUGGUAUAUUAGAGCCAAAGUGUGACUCUUUGCUUUGUUAUGUUUAUCUGACUCUGGUCUGACAUGCGUCUAUCUUUCUCCUCCUCCACAGCAAGACCUCAUGACUUUUUUGACGCUCAGACCAUGGAUGCUAUCCGGCACAGAGCCAUCUGCCUCAACCUGGCCACCCACAUCGAGAGUGUGGGAAACGGUCACAGUGUGGUCUUUAACAGCACGGUGAGUUUGUGUACAUUUCCAUUCGUUGUGUCUGAUUUUUAGGGUUUGAUUUUUGCAACCAGUUUUCAUUUAAAGGGGUUCAAAAACAGUAUGAGGGGUGGUUCAAGAAGUGUUUUGUAUACUGCAGAUUAAUCAUUGGUAAAUAGUCACAGUUGAUAUUUCAUCUUUAUGUGUUUAAAUCUUUAUCUGUCUAAUGAUCAUGAAAAAAAGGCUUCCUGUCCACGAGGUCAUUUUCAUAGUUGUCAUUUGUUGUAAUAUUCAGUCUCGACAACAGGGGGCGUGAAUGAACCAUAAUUUGAGAAUCAGCCUCAGAGCUGCUGCAGAUUUUUUUUCACAGUGCACUUGAAGUGAACCUUGUAAAUUGCCCUAAGGCUUAAUGCUGUUUUUCUCUGAAUCGGUCUUCCUGGGAAAGACAAUUGGAUUGUUUUUGUUUACCCUGCUCAGUCCACUUUGAGCCCAAAUGCAACUACCUUCGAAUGAGCUCUGAAAUGUUUUUGCACCGUACAAUGAAGGAGAAAUAUGAGCACUCAGAGGAAAAAUCAUGGUUUUCCUGUGACAGAUAUUCCUUCUCUCAUGCACAACUCUUAAAACUGUUGGUGAAUGAAUUCCUUUUAUGGGAGGGAUUAACUUUAGCAGCAUUUUCAAGGUGAGGAGGUUUUUUUGUUUUUGAAUGACUGUUUUUCUGGUGAUGUUCCAAUAGGGGGCACUCUCACUCCUGUUUAGGUCCCUUACAUGGCAUGACUAUUUUCCCUACCUUCACAUAUUUCAUAUUUAAGGAACACACAAGAGCAUGUUUACUCAUGUCCCUCUGUGAAGUCUCUAAUCCUAUUUCUUUAAAAACUCACAAUUAAUUCAGUGAGAUUGACUGAGUUCACAUGUGUUCAUGAGGGCAGAAAUAAAACCUUGAUACAAUACAUCUCCAUAACUGAAAGUGAGCUUUUUGGUAUUCCCGUCACAGUGAGAUUACUCAUAAAGAAGUAAAAACUUUUGUGCUAUCAUAUUAUGAGAAACCACCACUAACAAAACAGAUAGAAGAAGAAAACUGCUGUGGAGAAGAAUCUACAUUUUCUCCCUGAUAAGAAGAAUGAAAAACGCCUCCUCCUGCACGCCAAAGCACUCUGAUAAAGUACAUUAAUCACAUUUGAAGGCACAAAGACACGACACAAAAGGCUGUUUAUUUAUUGGGCAACAAAUAAAGACAUAAUAUCGAACAGAUCUGAGAGAUCAUGUGGGAAAAUCAAACAGAUCAUUGGGUUACAUGAGAUCAAACUCUGAAGGGAGCUGGAAGAAACUAAAGUGGUGAUUUUAUACUCAUUCAGAAUAGACCUGUCAGCUACAGGUGUCUCUUAUACACGCAUGUCCACAUCUGCUUGUAAACAAGUAUACAUGAAGCUUUAAGACUCUCUACUUUCUCAUCAAAUCAGUUUUUUUUCUUGUUGAAUCAUGCCUUAAAAAAUAAUACCGAGAGUAGUUCAGGGUUGUUUGUUUUAUGGAAGUUAAAUAAUUAAAAGCACUUCAGUGUGUGUAUUAGCUAGCUGCAGUUAAUUGUCAGUCGUUUUAAAGAGUUUUACAGACUAUAUGUGUCUACAAAGCCACCUCCACUAGAUCAUUUGAAACAGCAGGAAUGCAGUUCUUGUUCCUCAUUAAAUCUUUGUAAACCACUUUUCCCCUUUUUUUUCUCCUUCACUUGCUAUUACCUCGUCUUCUGCUAAUGCAGUCGCUGCCACCGAAUUGACACUAAAUCUACUCCUUUGUAGUUCAUGCUUGUGCUUUCCAAAUACACAACAGGGGAGACUGAGACAACAUUUAGGCAUGAACUCUCAUCUGAUGAACACGAUGUGCCUAUAGAAAUAAAACAAUGAUCGCCUUACAGUUUAAAAAUAGUCACCAGCUCGUACAGCCGUGUUAAUAAUAAGAGUUUAAUGUAAACCUCAUGAUGUUUAACAGCUGCCUGUAUAAUCAGUCUCUGUUGACAUGUUUAUAUUAGUACUUGCCAUGAAGUGCAGGUGGGUGUAUACACAACUUCCACAGAUGGAAAUCAGCAUAUGUGCCUGCAUAUGCUCAUUUCCAUAGCAAUUAUGUAAACGCAGCUUAUCAAGCAGUAAUGUAAAAAAAUCUCGUGUUGUCAUCAGCGCUAUCCUCACAACAGUAUUGGUCUGCUCGUCAUGUCUGCUCUGCUCUGCAUAUAAAAACCCCAAGUGCUCACCAGCAGCCAAGAAUUUUAAAAGAAAAGCUGAAAAAAACGAAGACGGAGCUUGGGAAGAGGUUAAGGGAGGUAACCGCAUACUUGGACACAGACUGUGAAGGAGGAAGAGACAGCCAGGGGAGGGAGAGUAACAAAUGGAGAGAAACAGAGACUUUGAGAGAAAGGACGAGGAAAAAAAAAAGAGGGGUUAAGUUAAGGUCAGGGUCUUGGAAUCGAAAGGAGAUCUGACCAUUUGGGCAUACAUUCCCCUUCUCUCUAAUCCCCCAGAGGAUUGUGGUGAGGAAGGACCGCGGUGCUGCGUCAAAGCCCAGGCCCCAGCGGAUCCUCCCAGGCCUGGGGAGAUGGAGCAUAGCCGUGGGGGUUCUGUGGAGUUUGGCCGGUGGGCUUGCUGACACACCAGAGCGGCUCAGGCCUGUUUAUGAUGGGAUAUUUUUGUUAUUCCGCCAAUCUGCGUCAUCAGCAGCUUGACCCCCUAACUCCAGACAGACACCCAGUUUUUAACAGGUCUGCCCUGGCUUCGGUCCUGUAGUUUUCACUGCCUUGUUUUGGAGCCACGCUAAUAGCCACAGUUCACUCCCAGUUUCCUCCCUUCUCUACCUCACUGCCUCGCUCUCUUCUUGGGUCUAGAGGAUUAGAACCUGUCCUUUAAAGCACCAACUUCCAUCAACAAGCCACUCAGCUCACAAAUCACUUCAUGCUGCUUAAACACAAACCCACCUCUUCAUCUUCGGUCUUUACAUACAUGGUCAUGGCCUCUUUAAACGUAGCCUGAGUUUGUGAUUAUUAACCUGGCGCUGUUGAGGAGCCUGAGGGCACAGGUUAACAUGCACUUUUAAUUAAAUGGCUGGUAAAGCAGCAGCUGGCGUAUGAGUCUGAGCUGCAAGGAUUGAAACACUUAUUGUAGAGCAAGUUCAGGAUUCAGGCUAAUGCUGCUGCCAGGCCUCACUGUUGUCUCUGAGAAAUUGCCUCUUCUCCUCCGUGUGGGAGUUAGCACGCAGGAGCAGUAGACGGCCAAGCCCUGAUGGAAAACUAACAAAUAAAGACAGGGCCAGAUAAACAAGAAUAAAAUGGAAUAACAAAGAUAAUUUAUGAGACGAGACUAAGUCUCUUAAUAUCUGGUACAAAGUUUAUCAGAAACACAAGACGAGGGGUCUCAUGUCUGCACGCCAUGUAAAACUGCUGAAAUUACUUAUUCAACGUUUAGUUUAGAUGGAUUAGUUUUCUUCUGAUUUAUUAAUUCUUUAUCCUUUCACUCUUUUGACUGUCAAAUAUUCUCUCUUUACAUAAUUAAUACAGUGUUAUAAAUUAGGGGUGGGAGAAAAAAUCGAUUCACAUAAGUGUCACAAUUUUUUGUUUUACAAUUUUUCAAUCAAUUUUUUUGUUCAAAAAUUGAUUAUUUAUUUAUUUAUUUAUAUGUAAGGAUAAAUCUUAAAAACUGACUUACAUGUAAUGUGAAUUUUGGGGGGACAUAUGGUUCCUGGAAUAGUCAGCAGAAGAUCAUAAUCAUUCAACUGUUUCACUGGUGUCAAAAAUGCAGACUAAAAAUCGAGAAAGUCGACAAUAUUGUAGAAUCGCAAUUUAAAGUGAAUCAGCAUCCAAAAAAUCACAGAAGAAUUGAUUUGGGAGAAAAGCGUAUCGUCCCAGCCCUAUUAUAAACACUGUAAAUAGUCUAUGGUCUAAUCUUUGGUGUAUUUUUUGUUAAGAGUUUUGUUCUUUUACAUUUUAAAAACUUGUGAAUUUUACUUUUAACAUUGUUUGUCUACACUUUGACAUUACAAGCCUUCAUAAACGUACAGAUCCAAGUACGUCUUCAACUGUUGAAGUUACGCAAGUCCGGCCAGUGACGCACAUCUUCAUGUUUAGGCUCAUGAGCAAGAGAGAGCACCGACGUGGACUCCUCAUUUAACCCUGUCCUUACACUUUUCUGAUCCACACACAAGGAAAGAGAGAACAGCUCUUCUCAGAAUCCUUCCUCUUGUGUCAGACUGUAUAUAUUUCCCGAUCAUCAUAAAUAAAGUAGGACUGGUUCUGAUUUCAGUAUUCAUGUUAUAGUGUGAGCUGUUAUUGCAUCACAUCCUUCUUGUGUUUAUCGCUGCUGUAUUGAGCCUAGUUGUUCUGUUUUUCAGUCUAAGGAGUUCUAUGCUCACAUACCGUUCUACAGACAAGGGACAUCAACACAGUCGGUUUGCCAACUUGGCUGAAAUUUGCAAAGCUUCACACAGAGAAAUAUAAAGGCACCGCGCCAGUAACUACACAAUUCAUAUCUGCCUUCCAAGUGUGAAUAUAUUUCUGAAAAGUUAUCAGACUGUAACCAAAUAGGUUAUUUCCUCAAAUUUGCAGCCAGACAGUGCUUUACCUGGAGGCUUAUCAAAAUGUAAAUGAAGGUUUGCACACAUCCUCACAUCAAUCCCUGUAUUAAAAAGUAUGGAUACAAACUGGCAACAUAAAUUUGAAAUCUGUGCUUCACACAGGGCAAAAAGAUAAACUUGAAUUGUCCAGUCCUGUCAGAUCGACGGUAAAAAUAAACCUGAUAGUUGUUUUCUCAAACUGAGGGAUCCGUCAAAAAUAAAAGAAGAAGAAGAAAAGCUGUAGGAUGAGGUGGAGAGUGAUUUCUAGGUCUCUGUCUCUUAUCUCAGGAGAACCUUCUCCCUCCUGUCCUCAAACCAGUUUCCAUCAAAGCCACAGCCAGUCCCCUGAGUCCCAAAAAUAAUUUCAGAUAUUCAUGUGCGUAAGAGAGCUUCUUCACAUGUGAGCUCAUUCCCUCUCCUAAAAAUAGGCAUUCUUCACAAAAAAGAGCCAAUUGACGCAAGAGGUUAUAUCUGCGGCUAUUUUCGACUCUCCUGGUUAUUUUUCUAGUGUUUCUUUUCCUCUCUGACAACAUUUGUGUGAAUACCGGACCAGUUUCACUAUCAACCAGCACAGCACGAUAGAUGAAAUGUCAUGCAUGAAAGGGACCAGCUAUGCAGCGAACCUAAUAUUGUCUCAACUGUUUUCUUACAAGACCUUUAAGUUUGAAGUCGAGUUGGCAAACAAGAUGAGUUAAGGGUGAGAAAACGGGUAUCAAACCGGAGAUAGAAUAAAGCCAACUUCCCUCGUUCCUGCUGAGGCAAAUGUCAGAGAAUCUGUCGAAUUCCCAAAAGAGGCAUCCCUGUUACAAGCUUUGUUGUGUCUGGUGCUGAUAUAAUCUCAAACAAGUGCAUUCACUUUUUUUGUGGUGAUAACUACACAGUGUAAGCUCAGAAUGUCAGCCGUGAUAAGCACUUCUCAGUUAAGCCCAAAUAUUACCUUCCUUUUGUCUGGAUUUGAAUAUUUUGGUGACUGUGUUGCAGGGGAACGUGGCAGAGAACCAGUUGAAAAUAGAAACCUCACUGAGCUCUUGCAUGCAUUAUUAAGAGGGCUCACAUUGCUUAUUAGUGUAAUGAUCAGACACUGUAUCACUUGGUGAGAUGUUUGAAGCAUGUAGCCUCAUUAUGAGCUCCAAAGAAGGGGCCAGGACGGGGGUAUGUCUUUGAAGCCUGCUCUCCACAGAUAUGAGAGGAUGCUGCAAUAGGAGCUAAAUCCAACACAUUUAUGCUCAUCUGAAGCUUGUGAAAUUAUUUACUAUCUUUUUAAAUUUGAGAUGGACAUAAAAUGUAACUUAAAUGCUUAUACCAAUUUAAGUGCGGCGCAACAGACGAGAAAUAGGCUUGAGUGGCAUGACCGGGGUUUUCGACGUUAGUUAGCACUUGUGUUCCUUGUAUAAUUCAUUAGCUGUGUUUGUUGUCUGUGCAGGUGCUAGCCAGAAGAAAAGAGGGGUCUGGCAAGGUGAAGGUCCUUCUACACUGGACACCUGAAGACAUGUGAGUAAAACUUUCACCACACUAUGCUUAACAGCUGCACAAACCUCAAAUAGGCCUGAAUAUCGGCAUGAUUUUGUUGAUACAAAGUAUACAAAGAUACAAAGUGCUGUCCAUAAGUAAACAAAAACAAUUCAGACAUAAAAGCAAAUUAAAACUAUUUAAAAGAUAAAUUAAACAAAGCAGAUAGUAAACACUAAAAUAAUUGGUUCAAAAACAAAUUUAAAAACGAAAUUUAAAAACAAUAAAAAACAACUGAAAGCAAACUAUAAAACACUAAAACAGGAGCAGAGUCUCAUGCAGGGUUCAAAGUAAGGCUGGGUGAUAAACCCAAAAUUUACUGACACCGAAAUUUACGACAACAAUCGACAUAAUUUUGCCCAUUUUGCUAUAUGCAAAAUCAACAAUGUGCAUGUAAUGCUUCUAGAUUGUAUUACUAUUCUUCUUUUCACCUUGCUGUACACUCAACAUGGAGGCCUUCCUUAGAUCCAGACAAACCCUCUCCCUUUGACUGAUCCAGUAGAUCUCUCUGUGCAAAGGGUCGGGGUCCUUACACUGUCCUUAUCUCACUUGCAUCUCUGUUGAAAUCCUGUGGUCCCCUUUCAAAGAGAGCAGAGGACAUCUGACACGAUUAUCAGCGGCUAUCAUCACUCAGUGUUGUUAAACACACGGUCAUGCUCACUUAUUGAGUGCUGAUUGGGUUAGGAUGGCCUUUUCCCCGCUCUGGGUCUGCUGCUAGUUGUGUGCCAUCUGCUCGGGUCAGUCUUCCUUGAAAAAUCUGAAUUUGAUUCCCUGAGCCCUCUUCAAACUGUGAGUCAGCAUCCAGCAUUACUUGAAGGAUGUUUAUUUCUUUUUUUCCACGGUUCUGGAUGCACUUAAAACAAUCAUGUUCAGCCAAAUGGGGCCCCUACUCCACACAUGUCUCAUACCUAUUCCUGGCCAAUUUUUGGUGGCCCAUGGCACCUCUUAAACCCCAGCUCAUUUAAGGAAUCGGGCAGAAGAGCAUGCAGAUGCUCUUCCUGAAUAUGAAAUGUGUCUUGCACACAGAGAGAAAAAGCUGCACAGAAUGAUGGGAUUUUCAGCUCAAGGGAAGCUCCUACCACACUUCCAACACUCCCACAUCCCCAUUAAAGGUUUUAACUGCAAAGCCUCUGAGGAUGAUCACAGAGAAAAGAGAGGAAAAAUAAAAGUGAGGUGGAGAGAAGGUGAAAAAGGUGCGGGAUAAGAAGAAACAUGCCGGAGGGUAAAGAGGUGCAUAAAGACAAGAGGAUGAGGGUGGAGGAAGGAAAGGAGAAUAAGGUCAAAGGAGACACAUUCAAGUUUUGAAAAUCAAAGAAAAAUGUGCUCCGGAAUAAGAGAAGCAAAGAAAACCCAGAUGAUGCAUCAUGAAGUAAACUUCAUCUGACAGCUUCCGUUGAACAAACUAGUGCCAGAACCUUGUUCUCCUCUUUUUUGUUCCUUUUUGUCUCUGAACCACCUCUGCUCUCUUCUCCCCACCCUGCAUGUGGGAGUUUAAUCAUAUGCAUAGAGAAAUAAUGAAGGGGGAGAGGGAGAGGAAGAUGAAGUUUGGGGAUCAGGAAAGACUCCUCAAUUUAAUUCCAAGCAGAGAGACACAGAUGGAGAUUGAUUUGGGGACUCAAACACAGAUAGUAGCAGAAUGGAUGAGGGGAAAAUGUGGGAGACAGAGAGCGGAGGAAAGUGAGAGAUGGGAGUGGGAAGAAAAUGGUUGUGGGGGAGAAAAAUGUGGUAGAGUGAAACCAGAGAGUGGGUGAUAGGGAGAGAAUGAAACAGCAAGUGAUAAAACGGGAGGGAGAGGCCUUUUGGCUUGAUCCAUGCCGAGAAAUCAGAGACACUGCUGAGUCAUACAUUCGCCCCGAGGCUGGCGAGUGCUCUGGUAAUUAAAACGCAUAGCCAGUCCAUAGAGGGGUGUUUAGAGAAGUGUACAGUGAUAUCUUAAGCCGUAAGUGUGGCUGUAAUGACUCCCAACACGUAAACGUUGACCAGCUGAAGUAGUAUUUAUCGUGUUUUACUUAAGUAACCGUAACACAUAUUUGAUGAGUUAUCUGCCCUUGGAGAUUACAGUUCAACAAAUAGACCAAAUACUGAACAAAAAUUCAUAUAGAAAUCAUCUCUAUCUUCAGUGUGUUGUUUCAAACCAACAACCUGUGAUGUAGAUACAGUUCAUCAACACUGGUCACGUAGCUCUCCUCUCUGCUGGGUCUCAUCACUCCUCUUCUCUUCUCCUAAUCCUGUCCUGUUCCUGCUCUCUUUGACUUUAAACAGCCUCGCAGUUAUAAACUUGAGCUCUGUUGCAUGCAGAUGAAUAAAAAUAUUCCUCCUCUUUAUUGAAAAGACCAACGUUAAGAUCCAUAUUUCCAUAUUAACGCUGAACAUCAGUUAAACUACUGCCAGAUAGGGCUGUCCCAAUACGAUAUUGAUAUCGGAUAUCUGUUGGCCUGCAUUUAAAAUCUCUGAUAUCAGCACUCUGAUACAAGUGGUCAAUUCCAGACUCCACUCCAGCACCUCUAGCUAGCUGCGCCCGGAUCCAGCAUGAUCACAACAACAGUGUGUACUAAGGUACGAACAAAGGAGUAGGAGUGAUGUCGGCUGUGUGGGAGAAUUUUUCCUUUAAGUCGAAAAAGACAUUGCAGCUGAGUUCAAAACUUUUCAUGCACAAGUUUGUGCCGAUAUCGGGUCAAUAUCUUUAUUGGCUGAUACUGAAGGCUACAAUAUUGGUAUCGUAUCGGAAAUAAAAAAAAGUUGUAUCGGGACACCCCUGCUGCCAGGUGCUACUUCACUGCAAAAUAAAACUUGCAAAAAAGAUUCAUACAUUUAAUUGAAUAAAAGCAUUUAAAUCGUUUCUAUUCAUAUAGAUAAUAACACUCUUUCCAUUUGUUUUCCUGAAAUCUCCAUACGAGCUCCAACUAACCAUUGUGAAUUGCGUUUAUUAUCAUUGCAGCAAAUGCUUUUAGGUUAAGAGCCAUUUGUAUGAAAUGAAAUACUGUUUCAGGUAUCUUUAGUGGCAUUACUUAGCUCUAAGCCUCCCACAGGCAGUUAAGAGCUUAAUUCAGCUUCAAACCUAAGCCUGAAAUCUGGAAGCUUACAUUAGUUUAGAAAAGCAUCCUAUUAAAUCCACUUUUGCACUUUUUGUGUUGUGGGGUUUGCAGUGGCUAAACAAAAGACAACAGCUUUCUCUCUCCUAGACUCUAAGUGUCUCCUAGAACUGCCUCAUCUAUCUAUCACUCCAACAUUGGGAGUUAACAAGAGCAACAGGCCAGCAAUCGGCGUCCAGGGGAGGAAAGCUGUGAAAUGUAAGCUGUUUUGGGACAGGGAUGGCUGGUUGUGAGUCAUAAUUCAGCAUAGUUAAUAUUCAAUCUUGAAUGUAACGUCCAAGUAUCUGACAGACAAUCAAGUGGACAUUUAUUCAACCAUCAAGUGUCAUGACCCUCAACACCAAGGUCAAUAUCAAGUGCUGUGUAUGUGUGUGUGUGUGUGUGUGUGCCUGUAUUUGUGCGUUUGUUUGCGUGUGUGUUCACAGUAACUGAGUCAAUGAUUAGCUGUGUGAAUGUGGGAAGUCAUGUUAACUAAUGCUGGAGCGCACCAUUCAGAGUCUGAUUGACACUCAUUAACUCCAUUUGGGUUAAUGAGUGACUGAUUAACACGAACCAUUCUGAACAUGAACCACCAGCGGCUCACUGAGGGAGGGGCUGCGUGGGCCGAGAGACAACAAGAGAGCCAUAAUUGCGGUCUAAUCUUUGAUGGAUGGCUGGAUGGAUUCCCCUGCUGUUGAAUAACAAACAAAAGAGAACACAGUGUGUGACAGUGGACGCCUCGAGCCACUGGCGCAUCAUGUUGUGACAAACUUUGUCUUGUUUACGAAUCUCGACAUGGGUUUAUCUCUCAGACUUUUGUAAGCUCAGAUGUAAUUUUUGUUUUUUGUUCUGUAUCAGAUUUCUCCAAUUACCAAACUGCUUCUAUUUAAUUAGUCAAUUUCUAUUAAUCAUAUACAGCUUAUCUCCUCAGCUAAAAAAAGAGGUUGGUGUUAUGUUAAACAGCAGCAGUACAUUUAAGUUUUUAAGCAGUGAAACUUAUACAACUAAAUACACCUCUGGAGGGUAGAAAACUGAAGCAACAAAUCUGAAAGAGCAGAUACAAAAGCUAAGAGAAAUUGAUGGUUUCAUUAUUAUUAAAAUAAUAUCACUUCUCCUCUAUAACGUGAUUAUCAAUCCAGAAUUCUUGAAAAUAAUGAAUGGAGCUACCACUGAUUAGGUGUGGGAGAAAAAAUGGAUACAGCAUAAAGUUGAGAUAUUUUGUCUGGUGAUAUGUUGAUUUAAUUAAUUGCUAAUAUCUACUUAAGUUUUGUUUUGUUUCGUUUUAUUUUGAAUCCACCAUUAGUUACAACGAAAUGUGCAGUAACUACUCUUCCUGGGGUCCUCAUCUUCUUUUCCAUUUUCAUUUUGAACUUAAUCAUGUAUGAUAAUGGAAAAAAUGAAACCGAUUGUUUGUCCAGUGAGGUUGGCAGAGCUGACAUCAUAUAGCAGGAAAAAGUUAGUAUAACAAACAUAGCAGCACCUGGGGAAGGACAUUAGGAAUGCAAGAAGGGCACAAAUGAGAUGGACAUGACACAAGGUUUGCAAGAAGUACGACAUGAAAAUAAAAUAUUGCAUCAAUAAGACAAACAUAAGGGAAAGACAAAUGCUAAAUCAGCUAAACAGUUCAAAAAAAUGUACAAAUCGAAAUAUAUUGUAUCGCAAUACUUACAGUAUCACAAAAUGUUUAAAAUCGCAAUAAUAUCGAAUCGUGGCCCAAGUAUCGUGAUAAUAUCGUAUCGUAGGGCCACUAGUGAUUUCCCACCCCCACCACUGAUUCACCUGAUACAGCCCAGGGUUGGACUGAGAGGAUGACUGGUGAGAGAUGGAUAGAUAUAUUGGUCUUGUAACAGUCUAAUUUCAGACUAUUUUUAACCAGCUUCACAGGCGCUCUGAACACACUGAAACUGAUACAAAUGACUUUGUAGAAGCUAAGUAAACCAGACCAUCAGCAACAAGACUGACUUCACCCACAGAAGUGUUUUAAAAACAUGUUGGCACUGCCACCAAGUUGGUAUCAAGUGAGACUAAUAACAGUAGAGUUCUGAAACAGCCUUUUGUUUUCUAAUCAGGAAACAUCACUCUCACUUAUACAGCACAAAGAACAAAGAUAUAAGACAUAAUUCUUUGCCUGGAUUGACCAAAAAAAAGAAAAGUUCCUCCAGGAAACCUUGACUUUUCAUGCCUGCAAACAUAAAUGAGGUCAACUUGAACUCAAACACAAAACCAUGGAACAGCUGCAGGGAGAAAUGAGUGCUAUCUUUACUUUCUUCUAAGUGUCAGUGCACUAUAUAACUGAUCCAGGAGGUAUUUAAAUCCACUUAAUGUAUUUAAGUACAGAUAAAGGUCCACAACAGUUAGACAAGUCUUCUUUAAAAGACACACUGUUUUAAUCCACUUUCACUCCUAUUUCUGUUCUUCUCUUUAUUAACAUUUGUAUUUUCAAGAGCAAGUGUAAUGACCAAACUCCCCCCUGAAUAGAUAGUUUUCUGAUUCCGAUUUUUAAGCGGUUCCCUUCACAGUCCAUAAACCAGCACUCUAAGUCAGCUCUUUUCUCCCUUUUUAAAUGAUGUACUUUAUGAGGUAAUAGAACUCCUGCAAUAAUUCCUGCUGUAUAACAUAUAAAGUGAUUUAAAAAGUCAGUCAUUUAUCACACACUUUGAAGCUGCCAGGAGCACUAAGUUCAUCUCAAAGAGCAAAGUCUUUAAUCCAUCAGUGCAGGCUGACAUGGGGGGGAGUUCACUCUGCUGGUUCAUCCAGACGCUCUGCCCAUUGAGACCUUAGUCACAAUAUACAACUCUGCUUCUGAAAACAACCAAUCAAAUAAGCGUCUCUUCAAGAAAUAAGUCCACUUGUCUUUAUUUGACUUAGUGUGACAAGAUGCGGUGUUUGGGCGGAGGCCUCUUUGAAAGUAUGUUUGAACACUUUUGUGUUUAUGUGUAUUUGCUACACUUGUGUGACAUGUUGACCCCCAGUCCGGCCCUGCUGAGUGCCUCACAUCCAUCAGAAAAUAAUUACACAUUUGUACCCCGGCGCACUCACCCUGACAUAUUUACGGUGACUUCAGAACUGGAACAUGCGCACGUACCCAAAUACACGCCAGUGUUUACAGCAUAUUUGACACUCAGCAGGUCCUCCUCUGUCGUUAGAGCUUAGCUUUACGUGAGGACACUAACUCAAGACUUGCUUAAACUUUAAGACAGCAGGACUGGGACUGUUUCUUGUCUUGUCUCUGCCUCUCCUCAGCUUGCCACCAUCAAAGGGGAGAGGUAAACUUUGCUAUGUACUGCAGAAUCAAGAGAGAGAAAUGUAACCAGCUUCUCAGUUGCAGUUAUUCAAUAAUAAAGAAACAAAUUCUUUCUUGUUUUUGCAAAAUAAGGAUUUUUUCUGAACCACAGCCUAACUGCUGCUCUUCCAUGUUCCAGCUAAUAACUACAAAAAGUGUUUGAAUAUCUUUGACAACUUUAUGAACAAUGUAGUGAAACUUUUUUUUCUUUUUUAAGGAUGUUCAAUCCAGUUAGGCUUAGUUUUCUAAAACUUUUUUUUAGCUGUCAUUUUCUUCAGCACCAUUUUCUUUUAGUUAAAUCUGUCUUUGUUGUGCUGCUCGUUGUACUUGCUUAUCUGUACGUCCUUUUACAAAAGGUGCUUUUUUUCUGAGCUGAAAUCUGCAAAAGAUACGAGCUUCAAGUCAAGGAAAGGUCAGGUAGUAACUACAAAUCAAUGUUAGUUCAACUGUAAUAGCCUCAAGUAUUUUGUGUAACGCAUGGCUGGCGAUUGGGAGAUCAUGAGCACACUACUGAGGUGUUCUGAACUUUAUAAUGGGUACUAAAUUAUCCUCUGUGGCUAACCCCAUCCUCCAGGCACUUAAACAGGCCAUAAAAGGAUUUGCAAUCACUGUUGAAGUGAGUGGUUGUACAUUAACAUGAGCCACUUUACAUUUUCCCUCCCUCACCACUUUCCCUUUCUCCUCUGUCAUCGCUCCUUCUCCUCGCUUGUCUGUUUCCGAUCACUUUUCCCUCUCUUUUGUUCCCCACUCCUACCUGCACCCAGUUGCAGUGAACUGGCUGCAUGUGAAGCACAGCCAUCACCCCGUCCCGCUGAAUGGGCUGACUAGGCAUGUGAAUGAGUGAUUUGGCUGGGUGGCUGCCUGCAGAAGGUGUGUGUGUAUGUGUGUAUCUGUGUGUGUGUGUGUGUGUGUGUGUGUGUGUAUGUCUGCAUCUCUGGGGGCUCCUGUGAUGACGCACGAAGUGACGAGGGGAAUGCUGGGGGUGGAGACGGGGGGGGGCCGGAGGAGGGAGGGGGAGGCGCAGUCAACUCGCUAAGCUCUUUGUUUCCCCUGCACCUCGACUUGCCACGCCAUUGCUCUCAAACACUCCCUUCUUUCACGGGGGGAUCAAACUGUACGGUAAGGUGCAGCUGAGCAGUACAGUACAACAUGAGCACAUGUGUGUGCCUGUCAAUCUAGAGACAUCAUUCACCCACCCACUCUUGUGCUUUGAGAGGGGAAAAUCUCAGGUGCCUGGUUUCUUGUUUUACAGAAAUUCUCAGAAGCACAGAGAAUCACAAUCUCACUUUCACAUAUCAAUCAUUCAUAAGACAAACAAAAACAGAUUUGCAAAUGUGACGUCUUUUUUUUUUGUAACAGCCUCUGAGCAGAUGGAAAUUCAAAGACAGAGGGGUGGGUGAUUUACAGCAGAGGACCAAAAGUUAGGCUUGAAUUGAGGUCACCCAAAACAUAGAUAAGUCUAAAUGCACAUAAACACACUCUACAUACAUGCACACACACAUAUACAAACAACACAGUCCUACAGUGGUACCACUACGUUUUGUCGAAGUUUGCACAAGCUAUUAUAAAAGUACGAGUAUUUUGAUAAUGGACAACACAGGAGGACGGCGUCCUUCUCUGUUUUUGUGUGUGUGUGUGUGCAUGUGUGUGAGGCUCGCUGCUGUGGUCAAGGCUGUGUUACUUAUGGAAAUGUACUCAGUGUUCAGUAGGAGGUGUUAACAUGUGUGCUGGACUCAAUGAGGCUCUUUGUUCAUUCCUCUCACCCUGCUCCUUUCAACUUCCCUCACACCCCUUCCCCUCUUUUCUCUCUCCCUCUCUCUGGUUAGAGUUCAAACCUUGACCACAUGUCCCCUCUCUUCAUGUGCGUGCGCUGUCUUACAGAUUACCUGACGUGUGGGUGAAUGAGACCGAGCGAUCCCAGCUGAAGACUAAAGUGGUGCACUUGUCCCAGUUACCACAGGACACAGCCAUGCUGCUUGACCCCAACAUCUAUAGGUGAGCAUGUGAUGAUGAUGAUGAUGAUGAUGAUGAUGAUGAUGAUGAUGAUGAUGAUGAUGAUGAUGCCACACAGACUCACAAACACACUAAUGCACAUCAAUUUGUCCUCAGACAAACACAAUCAGUGCAUGUGUCACUAUCAUUUAAUCUUCAGUAGAAUAAUAGUGUAAAUUUCCUAAGUGCUGUAGGUGUUUGUGAGUGUUUACCCCUCCCCUCCACUCCUUUGUUUGUGUGUGUAUGUGUCUGUGGAGCAUCAGUAUCGCUUUGUUCCACCAGGGGGCAGCAACCCCUGCCUUCAACUAUCAGGUUAAAGUCAAGUGAUGGAAAGGAUGUCAUUCAUGUACAGGAGCAAAAUAUGGUCUUAUUUGAUAGAAAUGUUCAGCCGUGGAAAUGAAGGAGCCUGAAAUUUAAAGAGUUGAGCUUUUUGCUUCAGCUAGAUUUCAGUUAUCAAAGCUUCUUAACUGAUCAGUGAAGAAACAACAGAUUGAAAAUGAGGAAGUGAUGUAUUCAAAUCCCAUUUAAAUACAACAAGUAACAUUUUUAAACUCUGAAAUAUUGAAUAUAAAUGUGACUGAACAGCCCGUUCCUUCAGUCAUGAAGUGCUCCCCGUUCUAUAAAACAUUAUCUAUAUUUUAUUAUAGAUUCUCAUCUGCAGACCUGCCAGACUCGGGACACCAGUCACUGAGAUAAAAAAGAAUCUUUUCUUUCAAGUACAUCACAAAAGGCUGAAAAUGUACCUUUAAAGAGGAGCCUAAAAUAACUGAUUGGUCUUUCUACCAGAGAUAUAUAGCUCACAAGUGAGCUGAUCAGCUCUCAGGCUGGCUGAUUUUAAUUGAACUCGAAGGCUCAGUAACUGUAGGGGCUGCUGCUGGACUCCGGUUUCACAGUGAAUAUAGCCGUCAGCACUCAGCCAGUUUAUGUCAAGGUUGUCCUAACGCAUGAAAUCCCCUCCAAACAAAUUAGGUAGCAGGUUCCUGUUGCAGUAUAUACAGACACAGACACGUACUUAAGCACCUUAAACAGGAUGGGCUGAAGGGGGGGUUUACGGGGCUGUUCAGAAAUGUAUAUCACCUAUGUUUCUAUAUGUUGUGGUAAUGUUUUAUCACACAUUAUACAGGAAAGAACAGAUCCUGCACAGAACACACAUUAAAGACGUGCCUGCGAAGUGUCCUGACUUUUCCAUCUUUUCUAUAUUUACAGAGCUCUUCCACAGAAGCGGCUGAAGCGCAGGUAAGAUGGGGCAGCUCACCGGGUGACUGUUUCAAAUACUGAUGCAAUUUUGCUAAUUUGCACUUAAAUAUACUUUUAGAUAUCUUUAAAUCUGACACAUACCCACACAGUACCUUGGAAAAAAACUGUCCUAUUACACUCAAACCUUGUUUUAAUUAAAGAGAAACCAGAAUAUUACAGAAUUACACACUGUGUUGUAUAAAUACACAUAAAGUGAUAUUGCUUCAGCAAAUAUUCAUGAGAAUGUUGUCUAUUUAUAGCUAUACUUUCAAGAUACAUAUACUUCACCUUCUAGGUAUCGUUAUAUUUCAAAAAUAGUUUGAUGCUUUCACAUGGGACUAAACCUAAUGCCUUGUUAACCUCUGAUAUGCAUGAAAUUAAAGUUAAAUAUGUUCUGUGGAGGGCAAUAUUGUAGAAAAGGGCCACAUUAAUGCAUUAAAUUGCAGCAUUUUAUAAAUAGUAGAUGACUUUGUAGACAUGACAAAUGAGACUUCUGGGAUAAAUAAAGCUAUUCUUAUUCUUAUUCUUAAAAGAGUUUCUAAUCAACAUCCCUGCCAGUCUUAAGAAGCUCACGGUGAUUUUUGUCUCUAUGAGGCUGUAUUUUUACUUGUUAGCUCAUCUAUCAGGCCUCAUAUCUGCGUACUGCAGUGUGAGACACUUUCCAAACUUCCCUGUUCCUUGUGCUGUAAUUCAGAUCAAGCUGCAGAUGCCUUGAUGCUAUAGUAAUGUUUGUGCUUCUGCUGUAUAACCCUUGGCCCUGGCUCUCCCAUGGUGAGACAUCAUAGUAGGUGAUUACUCAGCGCCAACGGUGUCACUGUUUCAUAUGAACCAUGAAGCCAGUUAAUUGGAAAACUGGCCCUCUUGGAGCCACAAUCCUUGGCCUUUUCUAGCCUCAUGAGGUCAUCUUUGGAUGCUCUUCAUUAUUCCUCUAAUUGAAAUCAGUGGUUUAGUGCCGUAAAAACUUUGAAAUACACCGUGUAAUGUGUCCGCAAAGGAAGUCAGCGCAAUGUCUGAACAGCCAGUUUCUCAAACCUUAAUCUCUCCUAUGACACGCUGUGAACAUCUCAUUCUCCCUGUCUUUUUCUCCUGUCUUUGUGCUCAGCCUGUAAGGACUCAUCUGUGGAAUUGAUACUUAAGGGGGAAGGCUUGUUCAUAGGAAGUUUAUCUAUAUAGGAUGGGACGCUCUUCAUCUGUCUCUGCUGAACACGGGGAUUGAAGUGGCGAUAAAAGGAAGUAUAACUUGGCAGUGCUGCAGUUCUUCUUUUUUUCCCUUUUCAAUUUUGUAUAUCUUAAAUGACUGUUGUAGCCAAGGGCAGCAUAACAGGGGACAACACUUUUAAGUGUUCAACUUUUUUUGUAAAAGUUUGUGUUCAUCAACAACUCAAAUGAAUGUGUUGUUUUUCUUUCUUUUUUUAAAAAAAAGAAACAGAAGAGGAAAAAAAACAAACUUCAUACCUGAUGGUGUAAAAAAACGGUUUUGUGUAAUCUUGUCAGAAAAGCAGCAAGUUUUGUAAGUGUAUUGUGUAAAAUAUUUAUGCAGAUUUUUAACUUAUUUUUAUACCAUUGUGUACUGUGGGGGUUGUGAAGGUUUAAAUAAAGCCGCAUUUACUGUGAUGAUAAUCUAUGUAACUGUCAGUUUGGGAUAUUCGGACAUUUCUAGUUGUAAUUAUGUUGUACAUGGCAUAAAUCUGAACAGAUAAUCCUAUUUAUACUCACCUGUGUGUUCGAUAAUGAGUGGAGUACAGGAGCAAUAACUCAGUAGUUAAGGACACUAUAGAGUGCAGCUCUUAAUCUGACCAGUCAAAGACAGGACAGUAUACACUUGGUGUAAAACCAUGCCAACUCAACCCCACACCCCUCUUUAUGAACUAUGAACUGUGUUUAACAUAGUUGUUAUGAUAACCUUGCAUUAUUGCUUUUUUAUUGUUGAAAAAGUGUGUUUUCUACUGUAUGAUGUCUCUGUUGAAAACGGGAUACUGUGUUUGUAAUAAAAAGGGGGAAACAAUGACAGAUGUAACCUGUUUGUACAGAUGAGAAACGGAGGUGGUGAGGAGGCUCAAAGCAAUAUUGCAUCCAUUGUGGUCUGAAUUUUGAGUUCCUUGUGCGUGUGUUGGAGUUCCUGCAUGAAUAAUUUGGCGUCCAUUAGCAGAGCAGCUUUGGGAGCAUGCUGUGGAGGAGCUAAUGACUGGGCCGGGAGGGCAGAGCCCCCGCUGGCCUCAGCUGUUAGUGAACAUGCCUGCAGAAAAAACGGAGUUCAGGGUGAGGUCUGCUACAAUGUGGCUGCCCUGCCCUUCAGUGUCUUCUACUCUCACACAUACAAAAUUCAUAGGGAAUUAGGACUCCUGCAUGAGGCAUAAUGAGGCCUUCAGGUGUAGCUCAGUUAAUUUGUGGGGGAAAAAAAGCACUUGGAGUUUUUGACACUCCGUUGUUUUUGGGUGCUUUUGCGUAUCUUCAGUGGUCUGUGACUGCUCAUAGAAAAGAGAAGAGAUGACUGCGAGAUAUGCAAUCAAAACACUCUGUAGUCACUACAAUAACUGAGCCCACCACCAGCCCAACUUACACUCAAGUAGACUGUGUGUGGUUUUAAAUAUCUGAGUGAGGACAAUUUUUUUUUUUUAGAAAGUACACUUUUCAUAACUUAAAACUGUCUUUCUCAAUCUCACCUUUUUUUCUGACAUUUGCAAAUCUCUCUUUAUCUUUUACAUUUUUUUCUUCUGACAUUUGCAAAGUGACAAAGUUUUUCAAUGGUUGUGAGAAACGGUGUUUAGUCCCCACAUGCUCUUUUUGAAUUGUGCAAAAUACAUGUAACCACUCGCUUCCUAUGCUUGCAGUUUGUUAACCCAAUUGUAAGACUAAUCACGGCAUCACUGAUUUAAAGCCAUUUGUGAGCAGGAAGUUCUCGGUGAUAAGCAUGUACUGUGACAGUUGAAUAGACCUAUCAGUUCUUUCUCGCAGUGAGUAAAUAACAUUCCCACAGUUCUGUCGACAAUUCUCAACUCAUAAAUCACCGACCAUUUGGCUGUGACAGAGUUAGAGAUAAUCUUAUAAAUAGAAAGUGGGCCAUAUCUGCAGAGUUUUCUGCAAUAAUCAAUAUUUCUCAGAGGACCAGACUAAACAGUACUUUGGGCACAAGCAUUAAAAUAAAUUACAAGGAUUUUAUCCAAAUUUAACUCAAUAUAUUAUUCAAUGACUGCAGUCUCAAAAUUAUUCAACCCCUGAGGCGCACAGAUGGCCGAGUGGGUUAACACGCCCCAUGUAUAGGGACCCCUAUACAUGGAGUCCGGCCCCUACCAUGUGCUGCAUGUCCUCCCCCCUCUCUCUCUCUCUCUAUCUCCCCACAUUUCACUCUGUACUAUCAAUAAAAAAACAAAAUCACCCAAAAAAUACUUAAAAAAAAAUGUAUUCAAUCCCCUCAAUAGAAUUCCUCAUACAUGCACACGUUUGCAAAUCAGGUGUCGUCUCACGCACAUCUGAUGAUCGGGUGUGCUUGAGAAAGAGCACCUUAAAUACUUGGACUGUUGGUGGUGAUGUUUGAUUGCAUGUAAGUCAGGAGAAUUGUCCAAAAAAAAAGUCAGAGAACAAACUAUUGCCUUGAAAAACUAAGAAAAAGGUCUCAAAAAGAGAGAAAAUGUUCCUCAAGGAACAGUUGGAAGCAUAGUUGGCAGUUUUCAAGAUAGAGGAACAGUUGCUGGACAUGGCAGACAGUGAAAGCGAUCAACGGCUGCCACCAGAGUCCUGAGGGGGCAGGUGGUCAAAAUUCACCACUACCAACCCAAAGGUACGAGAAACGUUGGCUCCAAUUUGCUCAGAACUAUAUAAAUAAGCUAAAGAAGUUGUGGGAUCCUGUUUUUUGGAGCAACGAAAUAAAACUUGAACUUUUCGGGCUUAUGGAUCAACGGUAUCUGGAGGAGGAGAAACGAAGCUGGUGUUGAGAAGAACACCCCGACUACAGUGGAGCUUGGCGGUGGCUCAGUGAUGCUCUGGGACUGGAAACCUGCAGUGUGUGGAGGGCAAGAUGUGGAACUCCCAGCAAGACCUUGAUCCUAAGCAUACCUCAAAUCCACCAAGGCUUGGUUUCAGAAGAAGUCCUGGGAGAUAAAAGAGUGGCCAUCAAAGUCGCCUGGCUUGGAAAAAAAGCUGGUUACAAAAUAUCACUGAACUGGAGGCCUUUGCUCAUGAGGAAUGGACUCAGAUUCCUCAGGAAUGCUGCUAGAAGCUGGUGUCUGGCUAUGCAUCAUGUUUGCAGCAAAAUGGUGCUCUACUAAGAUCUAAAGAUGCUUUUCAUGAAG